CUCAAGAAUCGGUUAUCUCUUUUAUUUAGUAAAUCCAAGUAAAUGUAUGUUUGAAACGGUGGACGACGUGCCCCGAUAUGUGGCUGAGAUGUUUCCGGUAUUCAUCGCAUUAGCGGUGGCCGAGAAUGGGAUCCGUUUAUUGAAAGGCAAAUCAAUAUUACGGCCAAACGAUACGAUGGCUUCUAUAGGUCAGGGAAUAUUCCAGGAAUGCAUUCGAAUUAACAUAAGAAGUUUUGAAGUGUUUAUGUAUUGCAUUGUAUGGAAUAAUUGUCGAGUUUUAACAUUACAAUGGGAUUCGCAGAUCACGUGGUGGUUAUGUUUCUUCGGAGUUGAUCUCGGAUUUUACAUCUUUCACCGAAUAUCUCACGAAGUGAACAUAAUAUGGUCAGUGCACCAAGCUCAUCAUAGUGCCGAAGAUUUCACCAUGAUCUCAUCGUUAAGACAGGCUGCAAUACAACCAUUCACCGCAUGGUUCGCAUACCUACCUCUCGCGCUAUUCAUACCUCCGUCUAUAUUCUUAACACAUCUACAACUCAGUGAACUCUAUAUGAUUUGGAUUCACACCGAAGUCAUCGAUAAAUUAGGGCCAUUGGAGUGGGUAUUAAAUACUCCGAGUCAUCAUAGAGUACAUCACGGCAGAAAUAGGAAAUAUAUCGACAAGAAUUAUGGCGGGACUCUAAUUAUAUGGGACCGACUAUUGGGUACAUUUGAACCCGAAGAUAGUGCCGAACCGGUGGCCUAUGGACUCGUACACCCCAUUCAGAGCUAUAAUCCAUUUUACCUUCAAUUUCAUCACAUGAUUUCAAUUGUUAACAAAAUUUACAACACAAACGAUUGGAAUGAAAGACUGUGUUAUAUAAUAAAAGGACCUGGAUGGUCACCCGGCAAAUCUAGGCUCGGUCAUUUGGAUGAUGUGCCAGUUAUUGAACACCCGGUGGAAUAUUGGUCGCCUUCAAUACCUCUUUGGCAAAACAUAUACUGUAUUUCUCACUUCGGUUUAGUUCUUGUUUUUUAUCAUUUAUUGAUCAAUAAUCACAAGAAUUUUAGUCAAAUAGCCGUUUCUUAUUGUAUACUUAUAUUAUUAUUUUCGAUAACAAGUAUCGGUUUUUUGCUCGAAAAUCGCAAAUAUUCUCUUCAUUUUGAAUGUUUCAGAUGUCUAUCAUUUUUGUAUUUUUAUAGCAAAUUCUUGCCGUUUGUAUUGACGCCUGAUUUUGAUUUUAACUCAUUAUUGUUUAUAAAUAAGUUUUUCAUGUUAUCAUUUGCUUUUUCGGCCUCUAUUUGUGCUAUACUUAUAUUCAUUCAAACAAAACCUUUUGUUCCUAUUGCUAGACAUUUAUAUAAA